UAUUCAGCAGCAGUAGUAAACCAUCUAGUAGUAGUUCUAGCAAUAUUUUGUCUAGUAGUCUACCUAGUAGUCUAUCUAGUAGUAGUAGUAAACCAUCUAGUUCUAGCAGUAGUAAACCAUCUAGUUCUAGCAGUAGUAAACCAUCUAGUUCUAGCAGUAGUCUGUCUAGUAGUAAACCAUCUAGUAGUAGUAGUUUAUUCAGCAGUAGCCUGUCUAGCAGUGGCAGUAGAAGUAUUUCUAUUAGUAAACCAUCUAGUUCUAUUAGUAGUAGUAGUAAACCAUCUAGUAGUCUAUCUAGUAGUAGUCUAUCUAGUAGUAGUAAACCAUCUAGUUCUAGUAUACAUAUGA